AUGCUUUCUUCCAAAUCAUGCACUUUUCUUCAUCACUCCCCGAUUUCUUCUGCAUUCAAUCCAAAUCCGCCCUUCUUCUACACCACCAAUUCAUUCCAUCGCCGUAAAUUUCAUGUAUUCGCCGCUCCAAUCAAAGAAAACCACCAUCUUCACGGACACACGAGCGCCAGAAAACUGCAAGUUGAAGAUUUUCUUCAAACCGUUGCCACAGCUCCGGAAAAGCUCGAAGCGUUGGAAAAACUCCAUAGAAAUGGAGAAAUUCAGACCAUUAACGAGCUCAAUCGUCUUCUGGUCUCUCUAAUUUCAUCGGAUGAGGUUGAAUUGGCGCGGAAGCUCAAGUCCAGUUUAUCGUCUUUAGGGUUAUUCCCAAAUGUCUGGACGUAUUCAAUUCUGGUGAAAGGUUUCUGCAAGAGCAACGCGACGACGGAAGCGACAAGUGUUCUUCACGAGAUGCUGGAGAAUGGCUUCGAGCCAAAUGUUGCCACGUUCACCACGCUGAUCAACUCGCUUUGUGAGAGUGGAAGAAUGCGGGAUGCCUGCGAGGUGUUCGACGUAAUGUCUAAGAUAGGAUGCAAGCCCACAAUCAACACAUUUAACUGCUUGUUGAAGGGUUUGUGCUACGUGGGUAGAAUAGAGGAGGCUUAUGACUUAUUAGGAAGAAUCAAGAAAUCGUCAAUCAAGCCAGAUAUCUACAGUUACACCGCAAUGAUGGAUGGUUUCUGCAAAGUGGGCCGUUCAAACGAGGCGAUGGAGUUGCUCGUUGAAGCUAUGAAGAUGAAGUUGACGCCCAAUGUAGUAAUGUACAACACUCUGUUCAAUGGGUAUUUCAAAGAGGGCAAGCCCUUGCGCGGCUUUGGCCUAUUGAGGCGCAUGAGGGAGAGGAGAUGCAGGCCUGACUACAUCAGCUACAGCACACUGUUACACGGGCUGUUGAAAUGGGGCAAAACCAGAGCGGCGUUGCAGGUGUAUAAGGAGAUGGUUGGAGCUGGCUACCGCGUGGACGAGAGGAUGAUGAACACCUUGUUGAGAGGCUUGUGCAGGCUUGCAAGGAAGGAGAAGUAUGUGUUGGGUGAUGCAUACAAUGUGUUUGAAGAGAUGAGGAAUGGGGAAUAUGCCAUUUAUCAAGAAGCAUAUGAGCUUGUGGUUGAAGCCUUCUGCUGCAAUGGGAUAGAGUUAAAGAUGGAGAGAAGUUUUGAAGUUUUGAAUGAGAUGAUUGGGAUUGGAUUUUCACCCAAGACUUUCACAUUCAACAUUGCUAUUCAUGCUCUUUGUCGUUGCGGUGAGGCUGACAAGGCUUUGGCAGUUUUGAUGAUGAUGCACAAAGACAGAAAUCCGAGAGGGAUUCCGUUCAAUUUGUUGAUCGAUGAGUUGAUUCUGCAAGGAAGAUUGUUGGCGGCUUGUUGUGUUUAUGGCUUGGCUCUGAAAAGAGGUGUGGUGCCAAAGAGGAAACCUGAAUCAAACUCAAGCAAUGGAAUAGACAUCUUCUAA